AUGAGCGAAGAAAUUGUUUUGAACGAAAAUUUCGAUAAUAAUAAUAAUGCGAAUGCGCAACUAGCUGAAGAUGCGCCAUGUAGUGAGGAUAGUUAUGAGGAAAAGACAAGCUCAACCUUUGAUCCAACACAAAUGAGAAAUGCUAUUAUAUCUCCAACACUAUCUGCCAAGAAGCAGAUUAACAAUGACUAUGAAUCGAUUCGUAAACGGAAGCCUGUGAGAUCUCCGAGAAAAGAUCGAACAUCCACCUCCUGCAGUGACUCUUCACGAUCGUCAUCCCGGUCUUAUAAGAGAUUGCAUAAGCGUUCUCGUAGAAGUCGCAGUUGCAGCAGCUCUUCACGUGGAACAUUUGAUGGGCUGAACUUUGAUGAAGAUGAACAUAACUAUCCCUAUACAUGUUCACAUUGUAAAAAAGGUUAUCAUAAUACAAAAGAUUUAGCUUCUCACGAAGUGCGGGUUCAUUACAUACGUGCGUAUUGUGCAAUUUGUCCUAAAGUAACAAAUUCGCUUACAAAAUUAUCUUCUCAUAUGUUAUUACGUCAUCCGACGAAAGAUGUUGAAUGUCAUUAUUGUCAAAAAAACUUCGAUGCCAAAUGUGAGGAUAUGAGUCGUUCUGACUGGCACGACUUUCGAGCUCAUAUUCAGAAGGAACUGGUGAAGCGUAAAACGAUUGAACAUGAUUCGAGAGGAAACUCACGGUAUGACGACAAUGUUGCUUUUCGUGGAGUUGGCAAAUGUCCUCACGGUGCGCCUGUCAAAUGCAAGAAUUUCCCUCAUUGCCCCGGAUCUCGAUGUAUAUAUUCUCAUGGACUCUGUCGCUAUGAUUCGACAUGUAAUAAGCAGUCAUGUCCCUUUGAUCAUACUUCUCGCCCUCGCGUUUGCUUAUCCUGUGCGAAUGAUUCUCGUAGCUCUCGAAAAAAGAGAAGAGAUUAA